AUGGCGUCCGCAGCCGCCAACCGCCCCGUCGUGUCCGUGCUCUCGGUCGAGGGCGAGCGCCCGACAGUCACCGCGCAGAUCGCGCUCCCCGCCGUGUUCACGGCGCCCAUCCGCCCCGACGUCGUCACCUUUGUGCACACGAACAUGGCCAAGAACCGCCGCCAGGCGUACGGCGUCUCGCGCGAAGCGGGGCACCAGCACUCGGCCGAGUCGUGGGGCACGGGGCGCGCCGUGUCGCGCAUCCCGCGUAUCCAGGGCGGCGGCAACCAGAGCUCGGGUCAGGCCGCGUUCGGCAACAUGUGCCGCGGCGGCCGCAUGUUUGCGCCCACGCGCAUCUGGCGCAAGUGGCACCGCAAGAUCAAUGUGAACCAGCGGCGCUACGCCGUGGCGUCGGCCCUUGCGGCGUCGGCCGUGCCGGCGCUCGUGAUGGCGCGUGGCCACCGCGUUGAAAAGGUGCCGGAGAUUCCGCUCGUGCUGGACGACGCGGUCGAGUCGGUCGAGAAGACUGCGCAGGCGCUCAAGGUCUUGGCCAAGAUUGGCGCCGACGUGGAGGUCGAGAAGGUCAAAGCCUCGAAGAAGAUCACGACGGGGCGCGGCAAGUCGCGCAAUCGCCGCUACACGAUGCGGCGCGGUCCGUUGAUUGUGUUUGCCACGGCCAACGGCGUGGAGAAGGCGUUCCGCAACAUCCCGGGCGUCGAACUCGUGAACGUCGAGCGCCUGAACCUGCUCCAGCUCGCGCCGGGGGGCCACCUCGGCCGCUUUGUGAUCUGGACCAAGUCGGCGUUCCAGAAGCUGGACGGCCUCUACGGCACGUACGCGAAGAAGUCGACGUCGAAGACUGGCUACCAGCUCCCGCGGCACCAGAUGAACAAUGCCAACUUGGGCCGUCUGAUCAACUCGGACGAGAUCCAGUCGGUCGUGCGCGCGGGUACGUACGCGAAGCACCGCCGCUUUCAGAAGAAGAACCCGCUGAAGAACUUGGGCGCGAUGGUCAAGCUCAACCCGUACACGCUCGUGGCGCGUCGUGCGGAGCUACGUGCGGAGGCCCUUCGAGCGGAGAAGAAGGCGGCGGCGGCGGGUCAGAAGCGCAAGAACUCGUGCAAGACGGACCCGAAGCGCAAGGCGCAGUCGCGUGCUCUGUUUAUCAAGAACUCGCUGGAUUAG